UGAGAAGUUCAGUCCUGCGGGUCCUGUGCUCUCCAUCCGUGUCUGCAGAGACAUGAUAACCCGUCGCUCCCUAGGAUAUGCAUAUGUUAACUUUCAGCAACCAGCUGAUGCCACGUGGUCUCCCAGAAACAAGCACUGGCUGAAACUAGAGUUCUCUGAGCAUUGCAGUCUACAGGGGAAGGAACUAAAGGAGCCUGCAGUUAGGCAAAUGAGCCCAACAGUUGUAGGAAGUUGAGAAUAAAAAGCAGUUGGAAGAGCUGCAGUACCCUAAUGACUGAUAUACAGAGUUUUGGUGAGAGAGCAUAUUGGCUACCCUGGAAUGAAUACUGUGUGAGAGAAGCAGCCCUAAUGUAAUUAUUUCAUCUGAGCGAGCCCUGGACACCAUGAACUUCGAUGUGAUCAAAGGGAAACCCAUCCGCAUCAUGUGGUCUCAGCGUGAUCCUUCCCUGAGGAAAUCAGGUGUAGGGAAUGUCUUUAUUAAGAACCUGGACAAAUCCAUAGACAACAAGGCACUUUAUGACACUUUCUCGGCUUUUGGGAAUAUACUUUCUUGCAAGGUGGUGUGUGAUGAGAACGGCUCUAAGGGCUAUGCCUUUGUGCACUUUGAGACACAGGACGCUGCGGACCGGGCCAUUGAGAAGAUGAAUGGCAUGCUGCUGAACGACCGCAAAGUAUUUGUUGGGAGAUUUAAAUCUCGUAAAGAGCGUGAGGCAGAAUUGGGAGCCAAAGCAAAGGAGUUCACCAACGUCUACAUAAAAAACUUUGGGGAUGACAUGGAUGACGAACGGCUGAAGGAGCUUUUCAGCAAAUAUGGUAAGACUCUCAGCGUUAAAGUCAUGACAGAUCCCACUGGGAAGUCGAAAGGCUUUGGUUUUGUGAGCUUUGAGAAGCACGAAGAAGCCAACAAGGCAGUGGAAGAAAUGAAUGGAAAAGAUAUCAAUGGGAAAAUGGUGUUUGUGGGCAGGGCACAGAAGAAAGUGGAGCGCCAGGCAGAGCUGAAAAGGAAAUUUGAGCAGCUAAAACAAGAGAGAAUCAGCCGGUAUCAGGGAGUUAACUUAUAUAUUAAGAACCUGGAUGAUACAAUUGAUGAUGAGAAACUGAGGAAGGAAUUCUCUCCUUUUGGGUCUAUCACAAGUGCCAAGGUGAUGCUGGAAGACGGGCGAAGCAAAGGGUUUGGCUUUGUCUGCUUUUCCUCUCCGGAAGAAGCCACCAAAGCUGUAACGGAAAUGAAUGGGCGCAUUGUGGGCUCCAAACCACUAUAUGUUGCAUUGGCACAGAGAAAGGAGGAGCGGAAAGCCCACCUCACCAACCAAUACAUGCAGCGCAUUGCUGGAAUGAGAGCCCUGCCUGCCAAUGCCAUCAUCAAUCAGUUCCAGCCAGCUGCAGGAGGGUAUUUCAUGCCAGCUGUGCCCCAGGCUCAGAACAGACCCACUUACUAUGCACCUAAUCAGAUGACUCAGAUGAGGCCUAACCCACGCUGGCAGCAAGGAGGGAGACCUCAAGGCUUCCAAGGAAUGCCAAACACUAUGCGCCAGUCUGGACCAAGACCAGCCCUACGCCAUCUGGCUCCAGCGAGCAAUGCUCAAGCCUCACGUGGCAUGCCUGGUGCAACCCAAAGGGUUGGGGUUCCUGCCACAGCUCCAAAUUUAGCGCCUCGACCACCUGUAGCUGCGCAAGCUCCAAGGGCUGUUCCGCCAUACAAAUAUGCCUCCAGUGUCCGCAGCCCCCACCCAGCUGUACAGCCUUUGCAGGCCCCUCAGCCUGCAGUUCAUGUGCAAGGACAAGAGCCUUUAACUGCAUCUAUGCUAGCUGCUGCCCCUCCCCAGGAGCAAAAACAGAUGCUGGGAGAACGUUUGUUCCCGCUCAUCCAAGCUAUGCAUCUCAGCCUUGCAGGAAAGAUCACAGGAAUGCUGCUAGAGAUUGACAAUUCAGAGUUGCUGCACAUGCUAGAAUCCCCAGAAUCCCUCCGUUCGAAGGUGGAGGAGGCUGUGGCAGUGCUGCAAGCUCACCAAGCCAAGAAAGAAGCUGCCCAGAAAGUGGGCAUAGUUGCUGCUACCUCGUAACUAGGGAGGCUGGUUGUAGAAAGCCAAAUGAGCCCCCUGAAGAAACCACCUGAAGCUGUUUAGAAAAUAACAUUAUACUGCACAUUUCAAUAUCAUGCAACAUAAUUCAUUGCCAGUGUGUAAAAAAAGUUAAUAUGCCUUAUUUGCAAAAAUAAAAAUUAAAGAAAAAUCCUCUACUGCUUUUGGUUUCCAAGAUUUAAAUAUGCAAGUUUUCCUUCUUGAAGCCAGGGUUGCAGCCACCUUGUCUUCCCAUGAGCAGGCACUUACAUUUUUCUGACUGAACAUUUUCAUGUGUGGUUCUUGGUUUUGAUCAAACAAUUUUGUUUGCAAAGUCUGAAAAGUGUUACCAAUAAAAUAAUUAAAAUAUUUCAA